CUUUUUCCCCCUCUCUUUCUUCCCGUUUUCUUCCUUUCUUCAACCUCACUCUCUACCCAUCCCUUCCCCCGUCCUCCAUCCCACCCGCCCUCACAGUCUUUCCCGUCACAUCUUCCUCCUCACCCGUCAUCAUGGCAAACGAUCGCACGUCGCAAGACGAACGGAAAUUAGAAAGCGGAAAUGCCGCCAACUCCGAGUCGAAGGACUUGAACAUUCAUCCCGCGGUCUACAUUGGUCUGUGGAUUACGUUGAGUGGCAGUGUCAUUCUGUUUAACAAAUGGGUUCUUUCGGCCGCCAACUUCAACUUCCCCCUCUUCCUGACGACAUGGCACAUGGCCUUUUCAACGGCCAUGACCCAGAUUCUGGCCCGUUUCACCCAUAUCCUGGACUCGCGACACAAGGUCCCGAUGACUCCGCGGACCUACGCGAGGGCCAUCCUGCCGAUCGGUAUCAUGUUCAGCUUGAGUCUGAUCUGCGGUAACCUUGCCUAUCUCUACCUGAGUGUGUCGUUCAUCCAGAUGCUCAAGGCCACCAACGUGGUGGUCACCCUGGUGGCGACUUGGUCCUUCGGCAUGGCGCCGGUCAACUUCAAGGUCCUGGGCAAUGUCGCUCUCAUUGUCGUCGGUAUCAUGAUCGCCUCGUUCGGCGAGAUCAAGUUCGACAUGUUCGGAUUCCUCGUCCAGAUUGGCGGCAUCAUCUUCGAGGCGCUGCGUCUCGUGAUGGUCCAGCGUCUCCUCAGCUCCGCCGAAUUCAAGAUGGACGCGCUGGUCUCGCUCUACUACUAUGCGCCCGCCUGCGCCUUCUUCAACGGCGUUGUGACGCUCUUCACUGAAAUCCCCCGCAUGACCAUGACCGACAUCUACACUCUUGGCAUCUCGACCCUCAUCGCCAACGCCCUCGUUGCCUUCCUUCUCAACGUUUCCGUCGUGUUGCUGAUCGGCAAAACCUCCGCAGUGGUCCUGACCAUGGCCGGUAUCCUGAAAGACAUCCUGCUCGUGGUCGCCUCCAUCGUCAUCUUCGGCGACCCCGUCACGAGCCAGCAGUUCCUCGGUUACGGCAUCGCCCUCGUCGGAUUGGCCUACUACAAGCUCGGAGCGGCCGGCAUCAACUCGUUCGUCUCCGACCUGCGCCUGCAGUUGGCCAACAACUCGGGCAAGUCGAAGCUCAUCAUCGCCGCGGUCCUCGCAGGCGGGUUCUUCUUCUUCAUGUAUGCGGGGUCAGGCUCGUCGCCGGCCCCCGUCGCGGCCCCCGUCGCGGCGGCCCCUGCGCCUUAAAUUGCCAGCGUGGGAGGGCGGUCAAUCCUUGAGACGACCUUCUUCUUCUUCUUCUUCUUCUUCUUCUUCUUCUCCUUCCUCUUCUUCUUACUUUUUCUUAUUAAAGAUUCAGUGUGUAUCAUAGCUAGACAGGUAUUUCGUGGCGUGGCAGGCCACCCUGCUAGGGUUAGUUAGACUUUUUGCUGGAUGAUGUAUGGAUAGUCAUGUUACCGAUAUCCGCUUGCUUGUUUGCUUGAUUUUCAGAUGACAUUGUAUGUACUGGAAUGACGAAGGAUCGGCGUAUGCAGUGAUACUCGGAGUUGGAUAUUACUCUUGCCGGUAGUUAUUCAAUAGGAUAUGGUGUAAUGAU